AUGCAAAAAUUGUUGUUUACAGAAGAAGGGUUGUAGAUAAUGAGAAGUAGGAACAGUGAUCCAAUUAAAUAAAACAGUGAAAAUAAAGGAAUAUCAAUAAGACCAAAAUGUCUGCGAAUUCAAUCAUUAUCAAGAUAAUGUAACCGUGUUAGAGUAGGAACAUUGAAGAAUACAUUUAAUUUAUCAAGCCCUGAAAAUCUAUUAUAAGUUCUACCAUUUACAAGAUAGAAGCAUAAAGCUACAAGCAUUCCUUAAGUGCUUUCGGUUGAUUAAUUGUAAGGGAGACAAUAAGAAGAUUUGUUGCAAAUGGCAGCUAGUCAUUUACAUCUGCCUAAUAGAAGUGUGAAGGAUGGAAUUGGUAGACACCAUUUAUAAUCAAUUCGAUUAAGAACUGGGGAUUGGUUUUAAUGGAAGAAUAUUCCAAUGUUAGCAAGUGUAGUGGAUGAUUUUUAGAAAAAAUUAAAGUAUGGAAAUUUAAUCAUAGAGAUUAUAGUAAACAUCUGAAGAGGAAGAACAUAUGAAAGCAGAAAAAAGAUUGAUAUAGCAUGAGUUCGAAAUGAAAAAACUUGAAUAAAUAUAAAAGAGAACAGCUUAAAAUUUAAAUUAGGUUUUGGAAUAAAAAUCAUUGACUUAUAAUAUUGAUUUGGAUGAGUUUUGGAAGUAAAUGAAAGAAAAUGUAAUUAAAUUAUAUAAUAUUAAAUAAGAGUAAAUAUUUUUAACAUCAUACAGAAGAGAUGGCAAAGAGUAAGGCAAGUAAAUAGGAGAGAUUAGAGAAAUUCUAAAAGAAGUUCGGUGAUAAAAAAGCUUUUAUUCCACAAAUAUAAAAGCAAAAUGUUAAUAAUAAGGAAACAGCAUAUUAUGAUAUAUGAAAAUAAUUAA